AUGCAGAGCUCGACCCCCGCCACCCCGCCGGCUCUGCACCUCCUCACCUCCUACUUCAUCGACAGCAUCCUGGCCCGGGGCCCCGCGGCGGGGCGGCACGGCGACGAGCGCGCGGCGCCGCGGCCCGGCCGAGCGCGCGCCCCCACGGAAGAGCCGGCAGCGGGGCGCGGAGGGCCCGCGGCGGCGGCGGGCGGCGAGGCCCCGGCCGCGGCUCCGGCCACGGCCAAGAGGAAGCAGCGGCGGUAUCGCACCACCUUCAGCACCUUCCAGCUGGAGGAGCUGGAGCGCGCCUUCCGCAAGUCCCACUACCCCGACGUGUUCACCAGAGAGGAGCUGGCCCUGCGCCUGGACCUGACGGAGGCCCGCGUGCAGGUCUGGUUCCAAAACAGAAGGGCCAAGUGGAGGAAACGUGAAAAAAAUGACAUUCUGGGGACUGUUCCAGGAAUCUCCUUAACGCACCCACUUGGUCUAUUUUUGGAUGCUCCACUGAGUCCUUCUCCCCUCCUAGAUCACACGUGGAGGUCAAUGCCUCUUUCAACACUGGCUGUGCCAUCCAUGUCUCCAGCCUUUAGUCCUUCAGCCUUAGGGCCAUUUGGCCUCAGCAGCCUUACCUGGACUUCUCUCUUCAGAAAUCCUAUUUUAAAUCCACAUUUUGGAAGGUUUCUCAAUGCUUUAAAUCCUCUCAUGACAACAGCUUCAGUACUAAUGAAAGCUCCUGGACCCCCGUCAGACCCUGCUCUUACUGCCUUCACUGAUCCAGCAGCAGUUGAAAGGAAAACGUCAAGCAUUGCAGCACUAAGGCUCAAAGCGAAAGAACAUUCAGCACAAAUCCCUCAAUUAAACCUCAUCUCCAGUCUUACAAACACUAACAAAGAACUUUGUUAGGAGCUCUGCCCCAGACUGCAGCCACAGAGGGGAAAGUGAAUGCUUUCUCCAAUAAGUAGCUCCCGUUAGAGAGACACAUUUAAAAUAAGAAAGAAAACACACACACACAGAGCUGUAGUUCCUCCACCCUCAGUCACGGACUGAAAGGAAAUAACCCUGCUGAAAAUCACUUUCCUUCAUUACAACAUGAAAUCAGGUAGUAAAUUAGCUUGUAUCAUUUCUGACACUCCAGAAAUAGAAGCAAGAACUCUCUCAACUUUGUCAUUUAGGCAAACGUGGAUCUGAAGCUUUGCAAUCCCCAAACUCACCAGAGGCUAGUCCAAAGGCUCGAAGUUCUUUGUAGGCAUAUCUUGAGUUUUCUAAGCAAUUCUUAACUCACUUCUCAGGAGGAAUCCUUACAGGCAGUACUUGAGACGUAAGGAUCAGUACACAGUGAUUAACUUUGAGACCAUGCUUCAUGUUGAAGUGCAGAUGCCAGUGGAAGUUCGCAUUUCAGGCAGACGUAGCAGGAAGGAGACGGGGACUAUUUUCAGUUUUGAUUCAGAACUAGGUGUAGAUAUAAGAGUACCUUGUCUGAAACUAAAAUAAAUGAAUGUUUGCUUUAUGUUCAGGGUGGCAAUGGUUGAAUGAAAACAAGUUUAACCUUUGUAUAUGAAAACUGUAGCCUGUGAAAGUAGGUUAUCAGCAUGCAGGACAUUGUGUGUAGUUCUCUAUAGAUGUAUAUGAAUAUAAGUAGCUCACAGCUGUAGACAUGAAGUUGCUGAAUACUUUAGCAUGAUUACUUGCCCAUCUUGCCAGACCAGCAAGUUAAUAGAUUAUUUGUACAUUUCCAGACAUUUCAUGCUUUGAGUAGAUUCAGAACUUAAGUGAAAACUAUAUGUGAAGUGUUACAUUCUUCCUUGGACUGGUGUCGGAAUGAGUGAAGAUGGAGGCCUUACUGAGCAGGAGUCUACACUUCAUCAGUCCUGGACUCCCUUGCUGGACUCAGACAGGUUAUUUUAAGGUUUUUGCUGAGUUUCCCCAUCCAGGAACUGGGUCCGAGAACAACUCCCUCAUCUAUAGGUCUGAUGCUUUAGUGUAAAGUGAGGGUAUGUGCUAUCCUCCUUUUGCAGCUUACUUGCCUACCUCACAGGGCUGUUGUGAGGACUGAUUAAAUGAACAUGACACUGUGCAAAUGGCAGAGUUAUACAAGUGCCAAUUGUUGUUUAGCAAUUAGAAAAGACCAACAUCUGAUUGCACUUUUCCUGCAGCUGUAGUGGUGGCCCAAGCAAGCUCCCCUUCUGUGGGAUGAUGGGAGAAUGUUGAACUUUUCCAUCAACAGUGCCUGUUUCCCUCAAGAUUAUGCUCAAACACAUUUGCACUGAAAAGGUUUUGUGUAUUCUAUAACUUCUUUCUCGAGGUACCUCUGGGACUGCUCUUAAGAUAGAUGUUUUCCAGACCAAUUUGAGUGCAGAGCUCCAGCUACCCAACUGCUGCUUCUGUAGACCCCUCUGGGCUGAUACUUAGGUACAAGAGAGAGAAGGCAGGGUGCUGGAUCAGACAUCAGUUUUCAAUUUCCUCAAAAUACUAAUAGCUUUGACAGCUCGAGUCAUAAACCUCCCAGAAGACUUGAAGUAUUUCUGUAUUCCUCAGCCUCAUAGUCAGCGUGGGUAGAAGGUGGUGGGAUUUUACUGUUAGGAAAGCAAGCUUUCUACCCAAGUUGCACUAGGCCUGUGCUGUGGGUCAAGCAACAGGAAGCUUGGGAAGUGAUGUAACCAGGGCCUCUCACACAAAGUCUGAGUGUGUUUCUUCCAGAGCAGCUAUUUGCAUCCUCCAGUCCUCUCUCAGGGCCCAGGCUGCCAAUUGGCAGCACGACACAGUAUCCUCUCAAGUGCUGAGUUUAUUCCAAAUUAACCUUUUAAGUAGGUUAGUGGCUUGAAAACUGUCAUUACCCAACUCACACUCCAUUCUGUACAAGCUGCUGUGGCAUCUUUCCGUGCUAUCAGUGACUGUCUUGCAAUGCAAGGAGGUUCUGCAGGAAAGGAGCCUGUCACUGUGUCAUUUAAAGUAGCAACAACUGUCCUGCAUUUGCCACGAGCUAUUCAGGAAAACUCUGCAAUAAAACAAAACCUAGAUAUUUUUGCCAAGUCAUAUCCCUAGACAAAUUCUCCGGAAGCAGCAUGUGAAAAAUAACUGCUGAUGGCUGUUUAAAUACAUUGCAUGCAAUAGUAGGCCCCACAUAACCAAAAUCAUCACUUGACCUGGCCACAGAGGUCUCCCUCUGGGGGCUGGGGAUCAAAUUCACAAGUUCCAGUUCUCUCCACUUCAGCAGUUACAUCAGCUUUCACCUACAAACAAAGUUCUUCCAAUAGCUUUGUGGACAGAAAUCAUUUCAGGGAUAGCAAUUAACACACAGAGGCAACUUCACUCUUUGCACUGUACCUUAUGCCAGAGCCAGAGGCUGCUACCUCUACCCUGCACACGCAGCCUCUUUAAUGUCA